UUUUAUUGUAAGUACAAAGGAUCUGUAGCUGGAUAUAUCAUUUAUUCUGUAAACUCCUAAAGAUUAUGUGCUUGGUUGCCGCUGCCUGCGCCGAUAAACUGGGAUAUAACUAUCAGCCCGUUGCACGUUCAAACAUUGGAAUCACCGGUGGCUAUGUGGGUGGAAAUGACGGUAGCGCAAUAAGUGGCCCUCUGAUUGGAGGUGACGAUGGCUCUUUGAAUAGAAUUGGCGGUAUUGGUGGACUUGUCCCCAACCUGUCCCCCGGCUCUAUUGAUGCUCCAGUCUCUUACACCCCCCCCGCCCCAGCUGCCGAAUUGGAAAAGGAGUUCUACACCUUCACCGCCAACGAAAAUGACUUCGAUGAGCCACAAGCUUUGGAUAAGGUUUCCAACUCUCUGAACAAAGCUCUGCGUGUUGUUUUCAUAAAGGGACCCGAGAACCGUGGCUUGGAGAACGCUGCUCUGGCUCUGGCCAAACAAGCCGCCCAGCAGGAGACCGCAAUCUAUGUGCUGAACAAGCAGGCCGACAUCAGCGAUCUGGCCAACAAACUGAAUGCCAUCCGCAGCAACACCAACAACAAGCCCGAGGUGCACUUCGUUAAGUAUCGCACUCCUGAAGAUGCAGCUAACGCACAGCGCGCCAUUCAAGGACAAUAUGAUCAGCUAGGUGGCUCCUCCAAGGCUCUUGAUGGUGGUGUUGCCCAAGUAUUGAACUUCGCAUCCCGGGGUCCCGAACGUCAGGUGACUGCCCAAAGCCCCGACAACUCAUAUCUGCCCACAUCGAUCUUCCGUCGUCUGCGUCGUUAAAUUAAUGUUCAGUUUAAUUAUAUACUGACAAAUGUUGUGAACUUUAUUAAUACCAAUUGUUGACUAUUGCAUAAAUUCAAAAAUAAAUAUGAAAUAAUUUUAAAUCGAAAUUUUACAUUGUCUA